GCUCCGUGGUUCUACGACUGCAGAAAAAAAUAACCGUCACCUACACCUGUGACCCAGACCUCGCAAAAUUCCCCUUUGAUAUCCAGAUCUGCAAGUUAUGGAUCAUCCUUCUAAUUGGUCAGGAAAACGAGUUCAAAGUAGGGAUACUAAAAACACUCGAGACUUAUCGCCCACGCCUACUGGAGUACGAGAUAGAUAACAUGACCCUCAGUCGUGCCACGACACUGCUAGAUAAGAAAGAGGCCCUCUUGCUGACCACUGAUUUCCACCACCUAUACGGGUAUUACCUCCUUAGUAUCUACAUGCCCACUCUCCUCCUUGUCGUCGUCUCCUACCUAUCCUUCUUCUUCGAAAAAGAUAACUUCUCCGAUCGCAUGAUGGUGUCGCUCACAGCGCUGCUGGUCCUCUCCACCUUCCUCUCCACCGCCUCGUCCAAUAUGGCCCGCGUUUCCUACUUUACUUUCAUAGAUAUAUGGCUCGCCUUCUGCAUCACCUUCGUCUUUCUCAUCUGCCUCUGUCAUACCACCAUCCUGUUCUUCGGGCGGCCCACUCCUUCACCACACAAGGUCGUCAUUGGGAUGAGGGUGAGCCCUAUGACACGACCUUUCAGUUCCCUGGCCGAGAGCAACCAUCACCUCGCCAAAACUGACCUCGUGUGCAGGGUCACGCUGUUCCUUUUCCUCACUGUCUUCAUUAUUCUCUACUUCACAUUCGGUGUUUUUAUAAGAAAUUUUCAUUGA